AUUAUUAUAAGAUUCUGAGUUUCUUUGACGGUGUUUCUAUUACCUCAAAUUUUUGUUUUCUGCCCUAUCUCGUCCCUAUCGUCGUCGCAAAAUAAAAGCCCUAAAAUCUGUACGGAGAGAGAGUACUGCCAUUGAAGCAAGGAUAUUUUCUGCAAAGGUAGAACAAGUUUAAUUACUAGUACUAAAACAUGUCUGAAGAAGGAAGGGUGCACCCAGAUUGCAGAAAUGCAUCCAAUCCAUACCACGAAUGCAGCGAUUACUGCUUCAGAAUUAUUGCUGAAGCGAAGGCUUGGAUGGCCCCAAAGCAAUCAGAAGCUGCAGAAGCUAGUGGUGGCCUUGGACAGUCCAACUUAGCAGCUGCUGAUCAGGAUAAAGAUCUUGAUGAUGGAAGACGAGAAGUUGAAGAACAUACUGAUAAUGAUUAUGAGUACCCUGUAGAGGGAGAUGGGGAAGGAGAUGUCACAAAGUUCACUGGGAGGAAGAAAAAAUUAUGGGAAUUGAGACAGAAGAUGAACAAAGCUAGAAAAGACAAUCAAACUGAUAUUGCAGCUGAAAAGAAAAGAAUGGAAGCUCCAUCUGAGUCAAGAGGCAUUUCUAAACAAAAAUGGCUUGAAGACCGGAAGAAAAAGAUUGGUAAACUUCUAGAUGCUAAUGGUUUGGACAUGAAAGAUGCAUAUAUGCUGGAUACCCAAGAGACGGCAGAGGCAAAAUAUAAGAAAUGGGAGAAAGAUCCUGCCCCAUUUGGCUGGGAUGUUUUCAAUCAGAAAACACUCUAUAAUGCAUACAAAAAGCGGACAAAGAACAUAGAUAUUGACUUGGCAGACUAUAAUAAGAUGAAAGAAGCUGAUCCAGAGUUCUAUCGUGAAGCUUCAAGCCUUCAAUAUGGAAAGGCUGCAAAGAUCUCAGAGGAUAAGAUUGAGAAGAUGGUAAAGGAACUGAAGGACCAGGCGGAGAAACGCAAUUCAUUUAGCAGGAGGAGGAAGUUCCAUGAAGAGAAGGAUAUUGACUCGAUCAAUGACCGAAACGAGCAUUUCAACAAAAAGAUUGAGCGAGCCUUCGGUAAAUACACACUGGAGAUCAAAAACAAUCUCGAGCGUGGUACUGCAUUGCCCGACUGAUGUACAAUUACUAUAUCGUGCUUUGUAUCAUUUUGUCUAAUUGUAAGAUUUUGUCUGUCAGAAAGGGAGAAUUCCCAUCACUGGAUUCUGGUGGAUGUAAUGUUUGGUAAAAUUAUGAUAUGAUAAAUUUUGGAA